AUGCGCGCCUCAGAAUGGCAAUACCUCUGCGCCGUCCACGAGCCUCCGAAACCAUGCUGCGCGAUUGACUACUCAUGCCAUACGCUUGACUGGGCAGCCUACAUCCUCACGAGCCAGAAGCACUUUCCAAUCUAUCGGAUUUUUGCGCAUGCGUGGUUUCAGCAUCGGGGUGUUUUCUUGGAGGUAGAGGGACGGGAGGGGCUGUAUGUGUUGUAUAAGACUGUUUGUGAUGUAUAUGGGUUGAUUCCUGAGGAAAAUUACACUAUUCCGAGAGAGGCGGAGGGUGGAGAAGAGGGUGAAGAGGAUGAGGAAGGGGAGCAGAGAGCGAGACCCCGGAGUCCGGAGAAAAGAGUGAAGACGGAGGGUAGUGAAGAGGAGAGAGUUGGUGCUAGGGAGACAACGACCACCCAACGGAGGCAUAAAGCUACGCCUAGUGUAGGCAGUGCGAUUGCUCCUAUUCAGGAGGACGAGGAGGAGAAAGGGGAGCAUAGUCCAGCGAAAGAAAAGCCAACUGUCAUGCCUGAAGGCAAUGCCCUGGAAGGAAAAGGUGGACCGCUUGCUGCUAUUUCAAAGACUGCAGAGGCAAAGGAGUCGCCUGUGGUUAAUGAGCCUGAGGCUACGGAUGCGACUUCUACAAGUUCGCAGACAGAUCAAGAUAGCAAUGUUCCUUCGCACAGUAGCUUGCCGAGAAGUAAUAGCUCGGACUCUGUUUCAACAAUGGUAAAGGUCGAGGAGAAGGAGGAGGACAAUGAGUGA